AUGGGUAGUAAGAGGCCCAAGGAGUCUCAGGGUCAGACUCAAGGUCUGGGCAAGAAGCAGAAGUCUCGCUUUGCUCUAAGGAGAGGAGGAGGACAGUCUGGUGCAUCAGUGGAUAGUUCACCUGGUACUGCAAAUAUUGUCUCUUGUCUUGUAGGGGAAAUCCCUGUGGAGCUUGGUUCCUUACUAAAGCUCCAAGAGAUCUAUUUAGAGACUCUAGUGAUAACCUACAACAACCUUGGAGGGGAACUUCCUGAACAUAUCGCCAACUUUUCAAAGGAGCUCCACAGGUUUGCCAUACAACACAAUCAGAUAUCUGGAAACAUCCCAGUUGGAAUACAGGUUCUUGUUAACUUGGAAGCUUUCUAUGCAGACAGGAACAAACUCUCAGGUACCGUUCCAUCUGGCAUUGGACAGCCUCAAAAUCUAAAAUUGCUUCGCCUUGGAGGUAAUAAUUUAUCGGAAUAUAUUCCAUCAUCUCUGGGAAAUCUGCCAACUUGUUCCAGGGGUCUAUUCCUUCCUCUUUUGUUUCAUUAA